CCAAAGCAGGGCCAGACUAGCUCGUCACAGAUCUACUCCAAGAAACAGCCCAGUCGCUCAAGCAAGCCCAUUAUUAAUUGGCUGCAACGCAAACUCGCUGGUACCGUCCGCCAACGGCGUAUAUCAGACGGCUCAUCAUCUCUGUAUGAUAGAGGCCGUAUGAACGGAGCGGCUUCUACCCCUCGCUCUGGCCGUUCUGGCAGUCGGCCUAGUACGCACUGGGGGACUGUCCCAGGCCCCUCGCGUAACGGAAGCCGAGGGCAUAGGGCUAAUCCAUCGAUUCCUCCACGACGGACUAUAUCGCUCAAUGGAGGAGAUUUUGAUGAUGGGCUCAUUCAUUCUGACGAUGAAGACGAAGGAUCCAUCGCACGCUCUGCAUGGUCGCCUGCUACUGGGCGGGAAGCGGACGAAGACGCCUCCCUGAGGCCGCUACCUCCCAGUGCCCCGCCCUCGCCUUCACAUUCUCACUCUUCCUCAUCGUAUCUUUCCAACCCU